AUGUCUUUCACCUCAAGUUAUGAUGAUUUCACUUGGUGGAUGUUUACUUUACCAGCUAUUCUUGAAACCCAAAACUGUCUUAACCUAUUGAUUCCAACCUUUGUUGUCUUUAUGGUAAUUACCAUUUUCACUUGGGCUUUUACUGCCGGCGGCUCGGCUUGGAAAAAUGGGCUGAACUCUAUGGGCCGGGUUCCAAUUCCUGGGCCCAAAGGCAUUCCUAUUUUCGGCAGCUUAUUCAGCUUGAGCCACGGCUUGGCUCACCGCACUCUCGCUUUUACAGCUUCGGCUUAUGGUGCCACUCAAGUCAUGGCCUUUAGCUUGGGUUCAACCCGGGCUAUUGUGUCAUCUGACCCGACCAUAGCCCGGGAAAUCUUGACCUCCCCACAUUUUGCUAACCGACCGGUCAAAGAGUCGGCUAAGCAGCUCAUGUUUAGCCGAGCCAUCGGAUUCGCACCCAACGGAACAUAUUGGAGGCUCUUGAGGAAAAUUGCCUCGUCACAUCUCUUUGCUCCUAAGCGCAUUUUAGCCCAUGAGGUUGAAAGGCAACUAGAAUGCAAUUCAAUGUUAGUUUCUAUAGCCAAUGAACAAACCUUGCAUGGCUCAGUAACUAUAAGGAAACACCUUCAAGCUGCUUCACUUAACAACAUUAUGGGGAUAGUAUUUGGGAAAAAGUAUGAAAUGAUAGAAGAAAAUAAAGAGGCCAAAGAGCUUCAAGAAAUUGUGGCUGAAGGGUUUGAGUUAUUGGGAGCUUUCAAUUGGUGUGAUCACUUGCCAUGGUUGAAGUAUUUCUAUGAUCCUUUUACCAUCAAGGAACGUUGCGUAGCACUUGUCCCUCGUGUUGAAAACUUUGUUAAGAAGUUGAUUCAGGAGCACAAAAAUGAAAAUUCCAAAAAGAUUUCGGAAGCUUGUGAUUUUGUUGAUGUUUUGCUGGCUUUAAGUGGUGAAGAGAAGCUUCAUGAGGAUGAUAUGGUGGCUGUUUUAUGGGAAAUGAUCUUUCGUGGGACCGAUACAACUGCACUACUAACAGAAUGGGUCAUGGCAGAACUAGUUCUGAACCAAGAAAUCCAAGCAAAACUUCACAAUGAGCUAGAAACUAUACCAGGAAAAAAUGAAAAUGUAACAGAUGCCCACAUUGCCAAAUUGCCCUAUCUUCAAGCAGUAAUAAAGGAAACUUUACGACUACAUCCUCCGGGCCCACUAUUAUCCUGGGCCCGGCUAUCCAUGUCCGACGUCCACCUCAGCAACGGCAUGAUUAUUCCAUCCAACACGACCGCGAUGAUCAACAUGUGGUCUAUCACACAUGACCCUAACGUGUGGGAGAACCCGUCCGUGUUUAAGCCUGAGAGGUUUUUGAAAUCCUCUGGAGGGAUGGAUUUUGAUGUGAGGGGUAAUGAUUUAAGGCUAGCGCCUUUCGGAGCAGGACGGAGAGUUUGCCCCGGGAAGAAUUUAGGGUUUGUCACGGUGAGUCUAUGGGUGGCUAAGUUGGUGCAAAAAUUUAUUUGGGUUGAAAAUGAGAGUCACCCUGUUGAUCUUGGUGAAGUGUUGAAGCUUUCAUGUGAAAUGAAACAGCCACUUUCAGCUAAGGCUGUUCCAAGAAAUCUUGAUCAUUAGGGUUUUGAUUCCUAAUCUAACAAUGGAG